UGCAGUUAAAAAGCUGCAUCUGGGCAUGAAGGUGGUGCAGCUCCAGCAACCGCUGCAGGUCAGGAUAGGUGACUCCACUGUUCUAACUAUCAGGGAGAAGGUCAGGGGCAUACCUGUGACCUUCGAUAGUGCUGGAGAAGUCAGACAUAGUCUGAACUUCUACAUAUUCCCUGAUCUACCCUUUGAUCUGGUUUUCUCUAUGCAGUGGCUGAAAGCAGUCAACCCAAGGAUCGACAGGCAGAUUCCCAGGGUUGAGCUGCCUGACAGCAAGGGGGUGUAUCAACCAUGCAUGAUUGCUGCUGAACACCACCGUAAGACUUCGUGCUUCUGCCUGAGAGCAAGGGAGUUCUAUGCUCUCUCACGCCAGUACCACCAUGAGCGUCUGUUUAUUGCUUUGGUCAAGCAAUCAGAUGCUCCCCCUGUUUCAUGUCCUCCUGAGAUACAGCAGGUGGUUGACCAGUAUGCUGAUCUGAUGCAGGAGCCCUUUGGAUUACCCAACCGGCCAACCAAGCAUCAUAUUGAGCUGCUACCUGGAGCGGUCCCUCCCAAGGGCCGCAUCUACAGGAUGUCCCCUGCUGAGCUUGAGGAGCUUAGAAAGCAGCUUAAGACCUUGACCAGCAAAGGCUGGAUUAGGCCCAGCACUUCUGAAUUCGGCGCCCCAAUCCUCUUUGUUCCAAAAGGGAGUGGCGAAUUCAGAAUGUGCAUCGACUACAGGGGUCUCAAUAAGAUCACUAGGAAGAGUACAGAGCCCCUCCCUAGGAUCGAUGACCUUCUGGAUACGGUCCAAGGAUGCACUAUCUUCAGCAAAGUCGAUCUCAAAUCGGGCUAUCACCAGAUUGAGAUGGCAGAGGAGGAUGCCCACAAGACAGCCUUCAAAACCAUAUAUGGCACAUAUGAGUAUCUGGUUAUGCCAUUUGGACUCUGCAAUGCACCUGGCACGUUCCAGACAGAGAUGCACCGCAUCUUCAGGCCUUACCUGGACAAGUUAAUGGUCGUCUACCUGGAUGAUAUCCCGGUAUUCAGUCGGACUGCCAGGGACCAUGCGGAGCAUUUGGCUCUUGUUCUUCAGUCAUUACGUGACAGCCAGUACAAGAUCAACAGGGAGAAGUCCUCGUUUGGAGUUCCCUCUGUCAUCUACCUGGGCCACGUAAUCUCUGGAGAUGAUCUGCUGUACACUUACAGCAGAGGGGAGGAGCGCUUAUGCAUUCCUGAGGAUCAGCAGCUCAUGACACUGCUGAUGUCAGAGUGCCAUGAUGCGCGUGGUCACUUUGGGUUCUUAAAGUCGUAUGCAGCCCUGUCGCAGCGCUUCUUCUGGAAGGAGAUGCGGAGUGAUAUGCUGCGCUAUGUGGAUACCUGUGAGCUCUGCCAAAGGAACAAGGUUCAACGGAAACCUCCUUUGGGACUGCUCAAACCCCUACCCAUACCUGAUGGUCCUGCUCAGUCUGUGUCUAUUGACUUUACAGACUUAGGCAAGACCACCCCUCGGGGCAUGCGUCAGGUCAUGGUCUGCGUGGACAGGUUCUCCAAAUAUGCAGAGUUCCUCUUGCCAAAGGUAGCUAGAGUCCCGGCUGUGAGAACAACCUUUUUUGAGAGAUGGGUCACUCACCAUGGACCGCCCACCUCUAUUGUCAGCGAUCAAGAUCCACGUUUCUGCAGCGAUGAGUGGCAGUCCUAUUGUAAGGACUACUUACACUCUCGUCUGGACAUGACUUCUGGUCGUCAUCCUGAAGCCAAUGGUCAGGCUGAAGUGAUGAACCAAGUCCUGUCCCAGCUGUUGCGUCCUGUUAUCUCCCCAGAUCAACAGGACUGGGAUCUCCACCUUGCGAGGGCACAGCUCAUGUAUAACAUGUCUGUCCACUCCUCGACCGGGUUCAGUCUUUACAUUGGGGACGUGAACCACGUGUGGUCAAGACUUGAGAACCUCGUCCCUGUGUCGAUGGAAGAUUUCCAAUGGUUGCCUCUUCCUCCAUUCGGUUCAUUGUUGAAAUCACAUUGUGAUGCCCUAAUGGCGGAGUUACGCAAGAAUCUGCAUGCUGCAGUACCAACUUCGUUGAUGGACGAUGAAGUAGCGGUUGUUGACCUUCACGAGUAUAUUGCGAAGAUCGACCGCGAGUAUGCCACGCAACAGUACGACGACGUUGACGCGCCGUUGCUUUACAUCCUCAUUCAGAUAGGGAAGGAGACAUGCGACACCUUGAUCGAUUGUGGAGCCACUCGCAACUUGGGACACACUGGAUGUGUGAAUACAAUUUCCUGGAACAAGUCAGGAACUCUCCUUGUGUCGGGAUCUGAUGAUCAAAAGGUGAGCAUCUGGGAUUAUGGGACGCGGAGGCUGAUGCACUCAAUUAACAGUCAGCAUACACAGAAUAUAUUUUGCUCGAAGUUCAUGCCAGAGUCGGGGGAUGAUCUCAUCAUAUCGGGUGCGGGCGACUGUGAACUCGCUGCAAUCGACGCUGAGGAACAAUGCCAGCUGGCAGUCAAGGCUGCCCAGCUACAGGCUGAUGAAGCGGCAACAGUAGAGAAGCUGCGGCUACAGGCCGAAGCAGACGCAGAUGCCCAGGCUCGCCGCAAGGAAGCCCAGGCUCUGCUGCAGCGGCAUGAAGCCAGCAGCAUCGAGAAACUCAAGUACUGGCACUUUGAACCGAACGGCGACGAGGCAACACCGGAAGAGCAGCAUAGAGAGUUCUUGGCCAAGCUCGUGAGCAGGUUGGUUUACACAUGUAACCACCUACAGUCCGAGCUGGCAAACCUCAAGCGAGCCGUGCUGAAUGAUAAGACUCAGCACGAGGAUGCCACACGGGCACUGGACGCCCGUGUACUGGGCCUGGAACAGGCUGUACCAGGACCAGAUGCUGGAGCUUCCAGCAGUGCAUCCUCUAGCCGCCAACUGGAGGAACGCGUUGACCACGUAGUGGCAAUGCUCGGCGACAUCAGCGCCUUCGCUGCGCCGACCACCAUCAGCAGUCAGCUGCAUAACUUGAAGAGCGAGGUCCAGCAGCUGCAGUCGACGAACACGGAUGACAAUCCGAAGAUGUACAAGAUGCCAACUUUCCAACUGGAAAAGUUCGACGACUACACACAGCAGGAUCCGGUCCUUUUGUGGGAAGCAUUCACAAUGCAACUCAAGAUUCUGCCCGUAGCCAAGCAUGCGUACAUCGGCGCCCUGUUCCUGAACUCAAAGGGCGGAUGUCAGACCUGGUUGAUCCACCUGGCAACCUCUCAUGGCAUCGACGUACCGGACUUGAAGGACAAGAUCACACGGGAGGAAUUGACACGGCUGUGGAAGAAGCGGUUCAUCGUCGACGACGCGCCGGCUCUCGCCAUCAACCGUCUGUUCACCACGUCACAAGGCAACACUGCAGCACGGGAUUGGCUCACGGAGUGGCAGAAGAUUGCGGCGGUGCCCAAUCUGGAGUUGGCAUUCACGCAUCUACGCCGUGAGUUCUAUAACAGGUCAGCUGGGCAAGAGAAAUCAAGCCGGCAACCGACCUAUGUGGAGAAGGUACGAACUGGUCCGCGACAGCAGCACUUCGCUGCAGUCCAGCAGGACAGUGGAGAUAACCCAGCAGCCACUGGCUGUUGUCCAGCCGUGAAGCAACAAGAAGUCCCGCAACAAUGGGAAGGCGAAAUCCGCAUCGCAGGUCGGAAAUGGACAGCCAGUACAAGUUCCAUGGGUCAAGUUUGGCUUGACCGAGGCGGAGUACAAGGUCCGCGGCCGCUACGGCAGCUGCUACUGGUGCAACAACACCAAGCACAAGACCUCCCUGUGCCAAGAUCAGGGCAAGGAGGAUGYGYGACCCCGCCUCAGCUCGGGAAACUAAGCUCCGCGGAAGUACCAGCUCCGUUGAUGGACGCCGGAGUAAAGGUUGUCGACCUUCACGCUUACAUUGCGAAGAUCGACAGUGAGUUCAAGACGCAACGGUACGACGACAUCGACGCACCAUUGCUAUACGUACGCAUUCAGAUCGGAGAGGCGACCUGCAACGCCUUGGUCGAUUGCGGAGCAUCUCGCAACUACAUCAGCCAGGACUUCAUGACGAUCAGGAACGCCGGCCCUCUCCCACGCAUCGAUGACCUUCUCGAGCGACUGGGCGGCGCCCAAUUCUUCUAUAAGCUGGAUCUCAAGUCAGGGUACCACCAACUCGAGAUUCGCAAGGAGGAUCGCUACAAGACCGCGUUCAAGACUCGGUAUGGGCAUUUCGAAUGGCUGGUCAUGCCGGUUGGCCUUACGAAUGCCCCAGCCACUUUCCAAGCGGCUAUGACAACGGAGUUCCGACACAUGCGGGAUCGGUUUGUACUCAUCUACCUCGACGACAUCUUGGUGUAUAGUCGGAGUUUGGACGAGCAUGUGGAACACCUGCGCACCGUUUUGGAGCGGCUACGACAAGCCAAGUACAAAGCAAACCGCGACAAGUGCGAGUUCGCACAGCAGGAGCUGGAGUACUUGGUACACUAUGUGACGCCGCAAAGCAUCCGUCCACUUGCGGACAAGAUCGAGGCCCUACGAGUAUGGCCCGAGCCCACCAACACCACGGACGUUCGUUCAUUCAUGGGGUUGGCGGGCUACUAUCAGCGAUUCAUCAGCGGAUACUCCAGGAUUGCUGCACCUAUGACGAGGUUACAGUCGCCAAAGGUGCCAUUCGUAUUCGAUGACGACGCACGCCGGUCAUUACAAGCACUUAAGACGGCUAUGCUCAUGGCACCUGUCCUUAGCAUCUAUGACCCCACCCUGCCGACUCGAGUGACUACGGACGUUUCCGGCUAUGGCAUUGGGGCAGUCUUGGAACAGCACGACGGCGACGACUGGCACCCUGUGGAGUAUUUCAGCCACAAAGUGCCUUCCAUCAACUCGCUUGAUGAUGCAAGGAAGAAGGAGCUUCUCGCAUUCGUGAUGGCUCUCAAGCGCUGGCGGCACUUCGUCCUUGGGCGUCGUAGGUUCACAUGGGUCACAGACAACAAUCCAUUGACCUACAACAAGACGCAAGACACGGUGAGCAGCACGAUCGGACGAUGGAUGUUCUUCACCGACCAAUUUGACUUCACACCGAAGCAUGUCCCCGGCCUCUCCAAUCGCGCAGCAGAUGCACUCUCGCGAAGAUCUGAUCUUUGCGCUAUGACACAUCAUGCCUUCGCAUUCGACGAGGAGCUUCAGCGACACUUCAUCUGGGCAUAUAAGUCUGAUCCGGACUUCGGCACGCUGGAAUUGCUGACUCAAGCCCUCGCAAAUAUGCAAAAGGCUCAAGUCCGCAUGCAGCAGCAAGCCAACAGGCGUCGCGUACCAUGUCCCAUGCGCGUCGGUGAUCUGGUUUGGGUCUCCGUGAAAGAGUUUGCACUGGAACAGGAUGCUUCACGCAAACUGCUUCCCAAGUGGUUUGGACCUUGGUCUGUGACAGCAGCCGCGGGCGAUGAGCUCGAUGGCCCUUCAUUUGUGAUCAACAUUCCAGAGCAUCUGACGGUCCAUCCGGUCUUCCACGCCUCGAAGCUGGCAACAUACACGCCAGCCAAGAGCGACGACUUUCCGGACCGACGAUCGCAGGACCCUCCUUCUAUGGAUGGCCAUCAGGAAGUUGACCGCGUCAUCUCCGAUCGCAAGUACGACAGCAAGCCGCGGCAGUACAAAGUCACAUUCAAAGCAUGCGAUCGCGACGACACUCGGUGGAUUUCAGGCGCAGAUUUGAAAGCAUCCGCACCGCUGAUCUACGCGCAUUAUGAGAAGCAGAGGUUAGCUCAGGAAGCUUCACGACCAGCCCCUCCCACCCGGACUGUUGUCCCUCCCUCAGACAGACAGCUUCGCCCUCGCAGGUGGAACGGCGGUGUAAUGCUGGUUGUGCCGAAGGAGCAAUUGGUCAUCACAGUCGGCAUCAGGUCAUCUGGUGAGACCAUCUGUGGUUGGGGGCAGCUAUUUGAGUCCGAGAAAUGGCGGACUGCAUGGGGAUGGCUAGGCCUGCAGGAAAUAAGCCACGGCACGCCCAAAAGACUAGAAAACGGCGCCGCAGGCAUAGGGGAGCAUAACGGUAAAUGGUGACGGCAAGGCGGGGGUCCCGCGGCCGGGAAAAUAAACGGCACACUUGAGG